AUGAAAGAAAGAAGGGGCGAGUGGCGCUCGGGUGGCACGGCGUUGCGCAUUCGCAACUUCGGAGUUCCCCACUCGGAUGCGCGUGAGCUUGCGGCUGUUCUCUACAUCUGGCUGCCGGUGGGCUACAGCAUCGACCAGAAGAAAACAGUACUGGUGGAAAUUGUCGGCCUCCCCUGGAUCGGCCAAUGGGCUGCCGUGAUCGCGGCUGACGUCACGCAUCUGGCCUUGGGCAGCGGGCAGCGGGUCCUUGUCUUCACUUCCUUGGCGGGCGGCUUGGCUGGUUUCGGAUUGCUGUACAACUGCUUGCGGCGAUUGCACCCGCUGCUGGUCCGUUUGGCGCGCGCGGAGGGGACCCUUCGGAGCGCCGGCAAUGCAACCUUGCUGCGAACAGGAACCAGCUGGGUCACCGCCUUUGCGCUCUUCCGCCUGCCUACCUCCAUCUCCGCCGGACUCUGCGCCGCGCGUGCGACGGCGGACUUUUCCGCCGGCGUGAUGGCGGUGUACGGCACGGGCUUCAACGCCGCCAUCAAUCCGUCGCUCGGGCUUCUGCUGGUGGACAUGGUGCUGGCCGUUGCGAUGAUCAAUCAGUUGAAUGACGUGGGUUUCGGAGCCACGAUGCUGUUGUGGCUCGUAGGGCUGAUUGCUGCCACACACACACUGCUCAUUGUCAAGGGGUUCUGUAUCGCGCUGGCAAUGGCGCUGGCGAUGCGGGCCGCGUUCAAGUUCGUGCCUGAGGAGGACGAUGAAGUCGCGGCGGCGGAAGCUCUGCUGGAUAAGAAGAAGAAAGCCGACAAGUGGGCCUGA